AUAUAGAAAUUGACAAUAGAAGAAGAAUAUAUAUCUUUAUUUUAACACAGUAUUGUCAUUGAAACAGAUAGUUUUUCUAUAUAUCGUUACAUUGACCUAAUUUCGUUUUUUUUUUUUUUUUAAUUUAAACAUACAGAAAACAAUAAAGUGGGAGAGAAAAUAUUGCUUCGUUCCAAAGUAUUUCAUGCAAGGUCUCUUUCUCUCUCAUUCCCCCUGCCCCUUCCAUCAUCACCCAAAAGUUUAUCGUUUUUGUAUAGUAAUGUUUUAAAAAGCAAGAAAGCAUAUUAAAUACUUGAGAUAAGGAGUUUUUCGUGCAAAGUUAGCACAUAAGAAUUUUUAAUAAGCUUCAUUUUAUCAUAUGCCAGUUUUUCAGUCAGAAAUAAUAGCAUCGUAAAAAUUGAGGAUUUACUUACAAAAAUGGAUUUCUUAGCAUUUAUUGGGCUCAUUAGUAUCUUUAUUGUUCUCCUACAUUUGAUUUAUCCCUGGUUUUCGGAUUGUAAUAUGCAACUUGCAUUUCUAGAAAAAUUUGGAAAACCUAUAAGUUCGUUAAAGGGUAAAGUUGUCUGGAUAACCGGUGCUUCCAGUGGAAUCGGAGAACACUUGGCUUACGUAUUAGCAAAAGCUGGAUGUAAAUUAAUAUUGUCUGCUAGGAGAGAGUUACUAUUGCAAAAUGUUAAGAAAGCUUGUUUGGAAGGAAACUCUUACUUGAAAGAUGAUGAUGUGUUAGUUCUUGCAUUAGAUAUUUGCGAUAUUAAUUUACAUCAGAAAGCAUUUGAUACAGUUAUUGAAAAAUUCGGCAAGCUUGACAUACUGGUUAAUAAUGCUGGACGAAGUCAGAGGGCACAUUGGGAAAACAUUGAUAUCAAUGUAGAUAGAGAAAUCUUCGAGUUGAAUGUAUUUUCUCAUUUAUCAUUAACUCGAAUAGCCAUGAAAUAUUUCUUACAAAAUAAUCUCGGCCAGAUUGUAGUUGUAUCUAGUAUAUCUGGAAUUUUUCCAGUUCCUUACUCGGCAAGUUAUACCGGUAGCAAGCACGCUUUGCAUGGUUACUUUAAUUCCUGUUCUGUAGAAAAAAUAGGGCAGAAUUUUCCUUCUAUAACUAUGAUAUGUCCUGGGCCGAUUCAAACAAACUUUUUGCUGGAAGCUUUUACAGAAAAAUCAGGACAGAAAUUUGGAAUAAAAACGGAUAAGGCUGAUAAUAAAAUUAGUGCCAAUCGUUGUGCUACAUUAUCAGCAAUAGCGAUUGCAAAUGAAGUUUCCGAAGCAUGGAUUUCACAUUCAUUUGUAUUAUUCUUAUCAUAUGUAUUAAAAUAUUAUCCAAAUGUGGGCUCAUGGAUUAUAAUGAAGUUUGUGGGCAAACGAUUUUUAACGAAGCUACGGGAUGCUAAAAAUGCAGAUAAAAUUUAACGAAAAUUUCAAUUUGUGUAUACAUAUCUCUAUUUAUUGACACGAUGUAUCAACGACGUGUUUUUUUCUGACGCAAUUCGAAAAACUACGGCUGUAUAUGGCAUAUAUAUAUAUAAACACGAAAUAAAUACUAUUGUGUUUAUUUUAAUAAACGUAUAUUUCUAAUAAAAGUAAAGUAGUAUAGUUGAGUUAAUUUUAAGAAGCCUGUUUCUUUUUUAUCAAUUCUUUAUUUAACUCGUAUAACGUGGCUGAUAGUAAUGAAAAAAUUACAUUUUUUUGUAAAAAAUAAAUCGUGUAAUAAAUGAAAUAUAU